GGCCGGGGGGAUUAAAUGACAUCAUCCGUGUAUAGCCCUGGCCACGCUGUCUAGCAUGGGAAACAUUUAAUCAGUGUAGACAAUUACUCCGACAGGAAAUGAAUUUUGAAUGCUUCCUUAGCACCUUAAGAGCAGGCUCAGUCUAUCACCCCCUCUGCUUACCCAUUCAUUGCUUUGUUCAGCACGUGCUGAUUGAGCCCUGCUGGUGUAGGGGCCGUGUAAACACAGCAGGAUUGGCCUCGCCCUUACGCAAGGAUGCCAAGGCCAAGUCGAAAUGCGGCCCGACGUUCUUCCCUUGUGCCAGCGGCAUCCACUGCAUCAUUGGCCGCUUCCAGUGCAAUGGCUUCGAGGACUGUCCCGACGGCAGUGAUGAGGAGAACUGUACCGCCAACCCUCUGCUUUGCUCCACCGCCCGCUACCACUGCAAGAAUGGCCUCUGCAUUGACAAGAGCUUCAUUUGCGAUGGGCAAAAUAACUGUCAAGACAACAGCGACGAGGAAAGCUGUGAAAGCUCUCAAGAACCAGGCAGUGGGCAGGUGUUUGUGACCUCAGAGAACCAGCUCGUGUACUACCCCAGCAUCACCUAUGCCAUCAUCGGCAGCUCUGUCAUCUUCGUGCUGGUGGUGGCCCUGCUGGCCCUGGUCCUGCACCACCAGCGGAAGAGGAACAACCUCAUGACGCUUCCGGUGCACCGGCUGCAGCAUCCCGUGCUGCUCUCCCGCCUGGUGGUCCUGGACCACCCCCACCACUGCAACGUCACCUACAACGUCAACAACGGCAUCCAGUACGUGGCCAGCCAGGCCGAGCAGAACGCGUCGGAAGUGGGCUCCCCGCCCUCCUACUCAGAGGCCCUGCUGGACCAAAGACCCGCGUGGUACGACCUUCCUCCGCCACCCUACUCCUCCGACACUGAGUCUCUGAACCAAGCGGACCUGCCCCCUUACCGCUCGCGCUCCGGGAGUGCCGACAGCGCCAGCUCCCAGGCGGCCAGCAGCCUCCUGAGCGCAGCAGACAGCGGCCACGGCCCGGGGCAGCCCGGCCCCCCGGAGAGCGCCACGGGGCCCAGGGACUCCGCGCCCAGCCAGGGCACCGCAGAAGUAUAAAUCUGGCGCUUCCAAAGUCCAUGUGGGUUAAUCUGCUCUGACUUGGUACCAUCCUAACAACUCAGCUCAUGGGGAGCUCCUCAGGGUGCCUCGAGGAGGGAUUUCGGGUGUCAGCGGUCUCUCUGUCCCCUUCCUACCCCCUCCCCCCACCCCACCCCAGAUUUCAGGGAUGUUCUUUAGAAGGAGACCUGGUGUUUUUCUGGCCUCGCGGGCGACACGAUGUGUUGUGCCAUCUUUUGUGGGAGGUCACUUGUCCUGCGGGGCCCAGGAGCGUGAGCUCACUUGCCACGUCAUUGUGUCAUUGUUGGAAUGUUGCGGACAAGGCAACAUAAGUUUGCAGGCGGCCGGAUAAAGCGGUAUUUGAGGAGUCCUGGGGAACGCAGCGCUCCUGUGCCGUGUUGGAUGUCCAGAAGGGCGGGAGACACCAGCCCGAGUUCCCCGUGGCUGCUACCAUAUGGCUCCGUGGGAGGUUUGGGUCGGAUGAUCCUCCAGGAGGCCGUCGUGGAUGGCUGCCCUGGGAAGAAUCCAGGUGAGCACCAAAGCCUGUCUCACACUCUCCUGCGCGCCGCCCUAGGUUCGGCCGAGGCCGAGGCCAGAGGAAACAGCCAUGAGUUACACCCUUCUGCAAUCACCAGUGGCCUUUUGGUUCUCCGAGUGACUCUGAACCAUUUACUUGAUAGAUUCAGGCUUUAAAACCUUCCCCAAGAAUCCUCGUGUUGAGGGUUUUUGUCUGCAACGUCUGUCAUCAGCCUCAUCCCGGAACGGGCAGGGGGCCUCUGCCGUGAGUUCGUCCGAGUUCCCAGCUCUUCAAAUGCAAGCUGCCGAGAGCCUGGGCCUGCUGAGGGCCACAGCCCUUCUCUGGCUUCUGGACCGUCCCCUUCCUGGCUGUGACCUUCCCGGAGCCAAGGGCUGAGGACCCCAACUUGAAUUGGCCAAAAAUCUGAUCUGGUCCUCCGUCCCUGUAAAUCACGCCCAUCUGUGCCCAUCCAUGCAACUUUCAACACUAGCUUCCGACGUCACCUUAACACCCAGAAGUCAUCUUACCUGUGCGUUUGGACUUGAGGACACUGUGGUUGAUGACACACGUGAGAAUGUUCAGGACCUCCCACCAGAGCUCCUGGGUCCCUGUGUUGCACACACUCCCCUUCCCAAGGCCCAGAUACCAGCGUCCUGAUUUAGGAUUAGGGCUAGGGUUAGAGUCAGGGUCAGGCUUCUUCUGACUUGCCAUAGUUUCUCCUCUAAAAGACAUGGACGGUAGAUAAUUUGGAGUCAAGAUUUGCCAUUCGGACUUUUUUUGUUGUUUUUUAAUCUCUUAGAAAUGCAUUUGAAACAGUGUGUUUGUUUUUUCCCUUCUAGUUAAGGGAUUAUUUAUAUGUGUAUAGGAAAGCUGUCUCUUUGUUUUCUUUUGUUUUUCCUUUAGUGAGGUCCAAAGAAAGAUACAAAAAGGAGAUCACACCUUUGUCCCGCUGAGCCCUGACACCGGGUCACUGCAGACUGACCUGUGUGCCUGGCGUUCGUGCAUUGUUGCACUUUGAGUUAUUAUUUAUCAAGUUCUUGAAGGUUGCAGAAGGAGGGAUGUCUUUCUCCCUCAGUUCAGAGUCUCUGUUGUUUCUGCUAGUGUUUCUCUUUCUCUGUGCCCAGCUAGCUGCAGGGCCCACUCCCUGGAGAUAUAGUGGGUAGAAAUGUAGGCGUUAUUUGGCAAGAAACCACCCUGAUGGGGCACAAAACUGGAACCAGGCGGAACCACUCCAGGCAGCGCUCACCCAUUCAGGACUUCUUCCCGCAGCGGAAGAAAUUUUCUGUAACCUCUUUGAUGCUAAUUUAAAUGGAGCCUGCAGGAGUGGGGGACGAAGUAGCAUUUAGUGAUCCUGUUCUGUGGACUUUUUUGGGUUUUUUUUUUUUUUAACCAUAUCCAAAAUAUGUUACAGGAAAGCUAGCGACUUGGUGAUUUCUUUCUUUCUAAGUUAAAGAAAAGGAGGCUAGUCGUUUCUGUCUUUCAUUUUUUAAAUAACACUUGAGUUAUUUUCCAAGUACUCUGAUAAAGAAAGAACUUAAUGAUGGUAGCCAGAGUGUGGUAGGAACUCUGGCUGAACAUUUCAUCUCCUGUGAGUCAGAAUGGCUUUAUUUCUUCUCCCUUUGAUGGGCCCAUGCUCCUUUCUGGUAUUUUGGAAGUUGUUUAGAAGAAAGGAUUCUAAUUUUAAUUAAUUGUGCAGUGAAUUAAUCUCACUCGCUUUUCUGCUUCCAGGCAUCUUAGGAAAAACAAAUGGUCUUAGUAGAUAAGAAAACCUAUUAAUGUUGUUGUUUUUUUAAAUAAACACAGGGACAUUUUUAUUAUAGAUUUGAUUUUUUUAAUGAAUCUUUUUAAAAAUAUAUAAAUAGGGCACCAAAGCUACAGGGGUUUUUCCUGUUUUUCCCCCUACUCAAAAUGGCAAAUAAGUGGCCAGCAAUAUUUUUUAACUCCUUUCCAUCCAGAAUAUUUUUUUAUACAUUGCCUAAAUCUACACCAAUCAGGAAACCGUCUCUGUGCUUUUUUCUCAGAUGAGAGCAGCGAAUUCUUUUUAUUUUAGCAUUAAAAUUAGCGGCACUGUAAUUGAUAGCUUACCCCCUGAUUCAGCCCCUACUCUGAAACUGACAUCUUUUUUAAACAUGCAACAAAGUGGUUGAUAAAUAGUGUGUGAUGUUCAGAGUUGAUGCAAACUGGAAAGUUUGUGUGUGGUUGCUUUUUGUGUUUUGGUUAAGUUUUGGUUUGGGUUUUUGUUUUUGUUUCUUAAUUUUUAUACUUUUAAAUAAACUUGCAGUUUCAUUCUU